UUUCCUCAAGAAAAUACAUUCUAAUGAUUAUCCGAUACACAUCGUACCGAUGGAAAAUAUUUCCCUUUGAAUUGUCGUUGGUUAACGCGCCCGCUUAAUUGAUCUCAAGUCCCCCUUGCGUCUACUGUCGCAACUAAAUUAGCAUCUCGUGAAGCUUGUCGUAAUCAUGAAGAGCCAUGUAAAGGAUGUUUUUAAUAAAAAACAGUCAGAAUAUGUAAGGAAUGGAAAACAGCCAUUUAACAAAAAGGAGUAUAGACUGCAGAAGUACAGUAAUAAAUACAAAGUUAGUCAAUGGGAGCAACGCAGGAAGAAAGCUGUUGUACGAGAAUUUUACAAGCAAAUUGGCAAGGACCAGCAACAAAAUCUAAAGAAAUUCGCUUUCGAAGCUAAUGAUCAAAACGAACACGAGAAACAUCAGAGAAAGAUAAGUGCGUUUCAUAAAGCAAGACAGGAAUUUCUCGAUAGAAGGAAUGAACAGUGGAGGGAAGAGGAAGAAGCUUGCCGAGUGAAAGCUGAAAGAGAGGAAGCGCUGAAAAAGUAUAAAGAGAAAAGAAUGCAAACGUACAAACAACUUUCGAGGAAAACAAGAAAAGGACAACCUGUUAUGAAUGCUAGGAUAGAAAUGUUACUUGAGAAGAUACAGCAGCAGGUGGCACGAUGAUAUAAGGAGAUAUCGUACAUUUUUAAAGACGUGAAUGAUCUCUGAAGUUGAUACAUUGUAAAUAAAUUUUUUUAUUUAAGAAAUAUACAUGCAAUAACAAACAAA